AUGUUCUCAACACUGACACCGAUUUCAGCUCAAGCCCUUGACAAGAAUACAUGGGUUUACGACGUCACUGGCCUUCUUCAACACUGUGUUGCUGUUCUUCGUCUUUGCCAUCAGCUGACAGAUCAGUUGGCUGCAGUGCCAUUACAGCAUGCUUCUCCGCAGCUGAGCCACAUGCUGUGUCAGGCAACCUUGCGUGUGAUGCCGAGAUUUGAUGAUUUACUGAGCGCCGUGGCUAGCCCUGCUGUCGAUAUUCGUGUACUGGAGGCCCGUGCAAUGGCAUUGGCUACCGUAUGUUGGGCCUUGUAUCUGCCGUUCUCACUCAUCAGUCAGAAAUACAGGGAGGCGAUGGGAGAGCCGUUGCAGCAGAUGGAUCGUCAUCUAGAUGCUUUACGUCAUGCCGCAGAGAUAGCUGAACGUGCUAAUCUUGGGAACGUGAGUAUAUAG